CGAACCGAGAGGAGCUCAGUUCAUUUACGGAUUCGCCCGCGAAAAGUUCGGCAUUCAUAUAGUUUUUGCCAACCGCCAAACCGAACUCGCGUAACAGGAAGAGAAAGUUUUUGCGGUGCAGAGUGAUAAAACCUGUCUGCUGACCGUAGCGUGAAUUGAUAUUCUGAAGAUCAAAUGGAUCUGAUAUCCAAUAGAACGGUUCACGUAUUCACAAGGGUAUCGUGAUUGUAUGGCAUGGAAAGUGUACCGUAAUUCUUUUAACUCAAUUCAAACGUUCAAAUAAGUGCUCUAACCCCGAACAUCCUGGAGAGCCCCUUAAAUUAAUUACUCGCACUUAUCACGAGGAGAAGCAGCACCAUGAGGUCACCGAACACGAAUGCAGCGGGAAGCCAGAAAGUUCUCGCGUCAUCGCUGUAUGCAAUAUUGUCGUUUUGUUCGCUGCUCCGGUAUCAGAUAUUGGCCUACCAGCUACCAGCGGUGCCGAUUCGGCACAUUGAUGAGCAACCGUCUCACCAUCUGCAGCAGGACAUAAUGGACUUCCUCGACUUGAUUCCGUUCGCGGACGUGCACUCGCUAAUGCAGUACUACUAUCACUAUGACGCCGAGGUGGAGAAUGCCUUUGACUAUGUCUGCAGCGAGGACUACUCGCAGAUAAAGCUGGAAAUUGUGAAACUAAACGAGGUGCGAAGUUUCCGCCGUUACCUGGACAACAUUGGCUUCAGCGUGGAGCACGUCUGGCAGGAGCUGAGUGCACGAUUCAACGUGGAUGAUAUCUUUGCCGAGCCGGACGAGACAAUACGCAAUUUGAAUCUAACCACCCAGGGACUGAACGGAUUAGUCGAUGACAUAUUAGCACUGCUGCCACAGGACGAGAUAAUCCUGCUUUUCUUCGACAAACUGGAAACCAGCAAUGAUUUCUCGUACUUUUUCGAACAGAUCGGCAGCGGGGAGUUCGAGAACGUACUCAGUAUGCUGCAGAGUUCGCAGCAGCUGAGGAUCUUACUGUGGAGAUUGCAGCGACAUGGCUUCGAUAUUCCCGGCUGGAUUCAGCAAAUUCAACGAUAUUUUAGUUUCAGUAGUUUUUAGCGUUCGGUUCAAUAAAGUGUGAUUAACUAGU